AUGACGGUCGAUGCGAGAGAGUUCCGUCGUGCAUUAGAGAGUGUUUGCGACAUUUUUAAAAUUCCUUCGCUUUACAGCGAGCAAGAAAAAUGCUUAGAAGCACUUUUUAAAGGAAAAGACGUAUAUGCAAGUCUUCCAACCAGUUACGGAAAGUCCUUGAUCUUCUAUGCAGCUCCGAUCGUCGCCGAUGAGCUGUUCUCGCGACCACGUGGAAACAGCAAAAUAAUUGUUAUUUCACCUCUAAGAACGCUAAUGGAAGACCAGGUAGCAUAUUUGCGGUCUUUCGGAUUAUCAGCAAUUGCUCUUCACGAUGAGCAAUCGGACGAACGACUGAAGGAAGUGGAAAAAGGAGCGUUCACUUACUUGUUUGCAUCACCGGAGAAAAUGAGGAGCGUGGAACGAUGGCGCAAGCUUCUCUUAACUGAACACUAUCGGAAGUUUCUAGUGGCGAUAACUGUCGAUGAAGCCCACUGUAUAAUCCAGUGGGGUCUUCCUGGAUCUUCCUCAAAGCGCACAGCUGUCCCUUUCCGAAUUUGGUAUGGAAACCUGGGUGAACUCAAGUCACUAACCGUAAGUAAUGUUCCUUCUAUCAUUGUGACGGCCACCGCUUCACUAUCAACUAAAAGAGACAUUUUCAGGGCUUUGAAUUUAAACCAGUCCUCAUCCUUCAUCAUGGAUCACAGUCCAGAAAGGCCCAAUGUGCAAUUCAGUGUGCGUUAUUUGGAUAAAAACUUUCCUGUUUCUUCAAUAUUUAGUACCUUAAUAGAUGAGCUUAGAAGUAAAAACGUGUCCUGUGAAAGAACAAUGAUUUUCUGCCAAACUCGCAAGCAGUGA